GAAGAGCGCGGCGGCAGGAAGAGCGGAGGGGGAGUGACCCGCGUGGACUUGUAGCUGCGUCACAGCGAAGACUCUGUGGCCUGUGGAACCGUCGGGAGAAGAGGCGCUGUCCCUGCGCGCAGGAGGACUCAGGCAUCUAUGAGUGCCACAAGUGUCCUCAGCUCCUUCAGUCCGUCCGUGAUGCCUGGCCCUGUCAUGCCAAUGGAGGUAGCCAUGAGAUUCUACAUCAGCCACUCCCCGCCUCCUCUGCGGGGCUUCCUCAGCCCCUACGAGGACCUGCACCGGGCCAAGAAGCAGGCCAGCAGGUCGGCGGGUCCCAGCCCGAGCCCCAUCCCGCUGCAGCAGCAGCAGCAGCAGCAGCAGCCGGACAAGCCGCUGCGGCCGUGUCUGAGCAGCCAGCAGAAGAGUCCGGCCCCGGACUGCUGCGACGCCUGGGCCGGCAGGUCCAUCAAGAAGAGGGUGGUGUUCGCAGACUCCAAAGGAAUGUCUCUGACCGCCAUCCACACCUUCUCCAAGUUUGACGACGAGCAGUGCGUGAAGAAGAGCGAGGGGCCGGUGGACGAGCUGCAGUUCGACAUGAGCGACCUGCAGGCCGCCACCAUGGACCUGAAGAUCAGCCCCGUCCGAAGCCUGGAGCUGGACUUCAAGCAGCCCUCGGCCGACUACCUGGACUUCAGAAGCCGUCUGAUCCAGAACAUGGUGUGUCUGGAGAACUGCUCCCUUCAGGAACGCUCGCUGACCGGUACCGUCAAGGUCCGAAACAUCGGCUUCGAGAAGGCGGUGCAGGUGCGGGCCACUUACGACUCCUGGCUCAGCUUCACUGACGUGGACUGCACCUUCAUGAACAACAUCUACGGCUGCCAGGACGUGGACACCUUUGCCUUUGUGGUGGAACUGCCCUCCUACAUCCCGCCGCAGAAUGGAGUGGAGUUCUGCAUCUGCUUCAAGGUCCAGGGCCAGACCUACUGGGACAAUAACGACGGGAAGAACUACGUCCUCAAGCACGUCGGCUGGAGCGGCGAGAACCUGGACACCUGCUCGCUCCAAGCCUUCCACCAGAAGAAGCCGCUGGAGCAGAAACGUGGCGACGUGGACCUGCUGGAAAUGGAUAUUGACCAAUUUGGAAGUCCACGCAUGUCCAGCGGACUCUUCCCCGGGUGGCAGAGCUGGGGCCACAUCGACAACACCGUCCCCUACUGGUGAGCCCUUCUGCUCUGAACCGACCUGCUUCCUGCUGGACCUGACGCUCUGACCGGGGAACCUCCCGGACUCUCUGGAAAACACUGCUGUGCCUUCUCCGAGACCCCUGACCGCCCAUGCCACUCAACGUCCCCUGAAAUGAAGUCUACUGCUGGUGCUUGGGGCCAACACCCGACCCAGGUUCCACCUGAAGGCCACUUCCUCGUUUAGUCUGGUUCACAGGAAUCAGAGACACAUUGUCCUUUGGGCAGAAGCUCAAUCCAUUGAACCAAAUAAGUAAAAAUGCUAAGCACAUGAGGUGAAGUCAAGGUUUUCGGUAGUAAAAUUGGAAACGGGCCGAGGAACCGCCCGCCACCCACGGAUGCUAAGCAACAUGUCUGACAGCACUUGAAUGCAGCAGCAGAAACGCCGACCUGAGCUAGGUUAGACACCUAACAAGGGCUUUGGUUAGAUGGGACGUCGUUCACUUUAAACCAAAUUUGAAUUGUAACACUGAAGAUAGUCAUGAGCUCGCUAGUGCUAACAGGCUGAGCUAGUGCCAACCGGCUGAGCUAGUGCUAACAGGGUAAGCUAGUGCUAACCGGCUGAGCUAGUGCUAACAGGGUAAGCUAGUGCUAACCGGCUGAGCUAGUGCUAACAGGGUAAGCUAAUGCUAACUGGCUGAGCUAGUGCUAACCGGCUGAGCUAGUGCCAACCGGCUGAGCUAGUGCUAACAGGCUGAGCUAGUGCCAACCGGCUGAGCUAGUGCUAACAGCAGUUGUGUGUCAGAGAUGCGCAGUGCGGUUGAUGCAGGAGAGUUGUGUGUAUUGAUUGGUGAAGGGAGCGCAAGCGAAGCUGCCCCAGUAGUUUGAGUGGGUGAGUUCAGUUGUUGGAGCAUGUGACUUCCUGGGCUGCAGGAACAAGAGGUCACCCGAACAAGACAAUAAAAAAGCCCAAUGAGAACUCGAGCCUUAAUUGUUUGGUCCAGCUUGAUUUUUUUUGCAAGUGUCAGUGCGUGAGAGACGGCCGGGGGAAGCAGAGGCAGGGGGCGCCGCUGACAGGUCGACUGCACAUUUGGUACCUGUGGCGGGGUUUUUCCAGAAUGUGGAGACGUAAAUGAUGUAACAGGGAUGUGUUUCCUCACAAGUGCAAUUGUGUGUGGGCUGUGUGCGACGCGUGCAUCAGUGGAGAUCUAUUUUUCUAAUGUUUGUAUGAAGAAAAGUUUCACUUGAAGGUUUGUAACACUGUUGUCCUUUCACAAAUAAAUGUGUGCGUUUCAGCGAUAAA